UAAACAUCACCACGACUUCCCGAUCAAGAAGAACUGGGGAUUAUUACGACUGAUUGUGAAAGACCCCGUACACCCACAUUAUAUCCUUUCAAACCCAUUACACCAUCCGCUUUCAAUUUGACAUCAAUCAACCAUGCCGCGCAGAAAGCAAGGCAGACGAAACUUUGAGGAGCAAGAGGCAGCAAAUAGUUUGUUGCAGUUGGCGCACAAAAAUGUCCAACCAUCCAAUGAAGGUUCUGCCAUAGAGCCAUUGCAAGUGCCAAACAAAAGAGGCCGGAAACCAAAGGUCAAGAAAGCUCUUCCUGUUUUGAUGAGGAAGUCAAAGAAAGUUUACAGCAACUACCAGAAAUGCUACACAGACAAAAUGCCUGAAAUUGCAAACUCGGGACAGAAUGCACAAAUUGACGAUAAACUGGACUGGGGAAAAAGUUUCCCUGGAUUCAAUCCUGAUUUUCAUAACAGAACCCCUGCUCAAGCAGUUCAAAUCUGUGAUAGUUUAUCAUCGGACCCUGAUGAGGGCCAAAGCAACCAAGCAAGAAUUGUGAAGAGUUCAAAUAGUGAAUGUUGGUCCUCAAUUGUGGUCAGCCAAAGUUCCAAAGAAGACGACGAUGAUGUCAAAUCUACUUGCUCCAAUGAGAGCACGAUUUCUGCCAAUUCUGACUCUGUUUCCUUGAGCGCCACUCCUUUGCAGUCAUGCAGCUUUGAUUCCCUCCCUCGCAACUGGCUGCCCUUGAAGAAGAGGAGGCUGUUAGUCGAAGAGCCUGAAAGCAUGCUGACCAAAGAGUGGCAGCCGCCAAGUCCUGAGUCUUUGCAAGGUUCUCCACUACUUGGGUCUUUGAGUUGUACAGAGACUGGUGAAACAGCAACAUCAUCCAAGAAAAUGAGCAUCCUGGAACAGGCUUGCAUAUCCGCUGGCAUAGAAAAGUUUGAUGAUUCUUCUAAUGAUGUGCAGGUUAUGUUUGAAGGGGUUAAAUCUACCUCAAUCCCAUUCUAUGGUGUAAGCCACAAACGCCAAAGACAGAUGGCAUAUCAGCCUGGUCGAGGAGCGCAGUUUACCCCAACGGCGAUGCCACCAAUCGCCAGACCAGUAGCUGUCAGGCCUGCUGUAUAUCCAGAUCCUGCUAUGUGUAGGCCAUACAAUUUGUCCAAACCUACUGUGCAGUUAAGUGAUCAGCAGCCCCUGAACCUCUGUAGCAAAAGUGAGGCCCUUCGACUUCUCAAUAUGGACUUCAUGCGAAAUAGUGCUGCACCAUUCAUCUCCCCAACUGUAAGUUACCCACAGCUCAAGUCUCAGGUGUACUUUCGAAUUCUGUCGGACAACUGGCGCAUGCAGCCCAAAUGCAGCGUCUACGAGAUUCAACCGUAUCACUGUCUAGGCCUCUGCCCACCCUACAUGGUGUCAAUCUUUGUGCUGAUCCACAAGGAGCGCUCCGAGACCAAGUCUUUGCACUUCCUCAACCGCUUCCCCUCACUGGGACAAAUCAAAUUCGAGUACCUGCACUCAGUGGCCAUCCAUCCGCUUUUACUGCGGGGUGGCAUGAAGCUGCCCAACCACUUGCUCAUCCAACAUGCCACAGAAGAUCAGUUUUUCAGCAGCGAUGGCAUGGAGAUUCUGCAAAACCAGUUUCCUGGCAGCGCCAUUUUUACAGUCAUUGAAGAUAAUCUACUCGUUGUGAACAAGAUUGCUGUUUCAGAGGUCAGUGACACCUCUGGAGUCGCACACAUCAAGGUGUUCGCCCAUUCAAAAGCCAUUCUCUGUGUAACUUCGUUGACAAAGACCACCUAUGACCCUUGGAUUCACAAAUCAAUUGAAACUGUGGAAGUCUACAGACUGACUAUCCCUGCUUGGAUGUUCUUCAGUAGGGAAGUAAUCAGAUUGCACAAUACUGGGUUUUACCCACGGUUAUGAUUUUUGUGUUCAUGUUUUACACUUUGUUACAUCACUUUUCUUUAAAUAUUUUCCUGUGAAUUAUCCAAAAUCUGGAUAUUGUGGUGCAUAAUUAAAAACAAUAGGUUAGUUAUUGGAAAUACUUAAAGAGCCCUUUGAGUCAAUUCUGUUACUAAAAUAUUUUGCACACGCUUAUAUUGUAGUCGAUUACAGAGCAGCUAAACUUAGUUUCAAAGCAAGUGGCUUGGUUUGAAGAUAGCAAAUAAAAUCCAGAACUGAUGAACUAAUAA